AGAGAGAGAAGGGAGAGUGAAGGUAUUCUUUUUGAGAGUGUGAGGAGGGGUAAGAGGAGUGUUCGUCCAAACGUGAGCAAAGUGCGGACCCCUCUUGAGAGAUCUACUGACACCCCAUCCUCCAGCCUGGCAAACAUCUCAUCUGCCCAAUGGCAGGCCAUGCUGGACGCAGCGAACGAGAGCGAGAAAGUGUUUUUCCAGAAACUUUACGAGGACGCGAUACACAGAGAGAGGGAGGCAAAGGCAGCAGUCAAAGCCACAAGCAUUGCUACCCAUGUGGCUCUCCUCGAGGUUUCGGAAUCUAGAGAUGGCCGGUUCCAAGAGAACCUAGCUGCUGCCGUAGCAGCCUUGGUUCGGCUGCGGACCUUGGAAGAUCUUGAGUCUCGUGUGACAGCUCUAGAGCAGCGGAACCAAGAGCUGCAGGCUGAGAUAGUCCACCUCAAACAGUCCCAACUGGCUGCCCCCUGUCCUCCUAAUCCUCGUCCUGCUGCAGCCCCAGUUUCUCACCCUAACACAGUCCUCAUGCAAAGAGCAAGUGGAACUGUGACGAGCGCAGGAACCGGUGCCAACUCCUCAAGCGGCAGCGCCGACAGUUCUGCACUAGUCCCAGUCCCAAAUGCAGGAACAUCAACCCAAAACGCCGUACUUCUUAAUGGUGUACAAUACAGCGGUCCUGUAGUGGACAAGAGGGCGGCCACACUGCCGUCCAAGUACGACGGGAAGGGGGACAUCACCUCUUGGAUCAGCUCCAUGCGCUCAUACUUCGAGGUACUGCGAACACCGCAGGAAGACCGAAGCAUGAUCAUGGGCACAAAUAUGGAACCCGCCGUCCGGAGUUUCAUAGAACUCCAAGCUGUUACUGCAGGUUAUGAGAGGAUUGACCUGACUGAGUGGCUGAAAGUAACUCCUGUACGUACUCUUGAGGACCUGAUCGCGCAGUAUCAAGAUAAGCAUGCGGCGCUCAAGGCAAGGCUUAAGCUUGAGGCCCUCAAGGGCCAAAAGUGGAGGACUUCCACGCAGGCUUUGCAGCAGCACUUGACUGGUCUGUUCACCACUCCCAACCUAGGAUGGACUGACGUGUCUUGCAUGGAUGUAGUAAUGGGAGGGGCCCCUGAAGACUAUGUCUCCCGGUUGGGACUCAAGGACCAUACGACCUGGCGUGAGCUACUGACGGAUCUAGUCAACCUAGAAGCCAAGGACCCCGCCAAGAGUGCAAAGACACCCGCUGCAGGUAGAACCUCACGACGCAAGCGGUAUGGAAGCAGCAAUGAGCUUGCCCUGCAUGAACAUUGGGAGGCUGAGGAUCAGUCCUACGCAGGAGAUCUGUCUCUAGAUGACGAGCUAGAGUCGGACUCCGAUAUGGGUUGUUCUACAUCAAGCCCUCGAGUUUGACAUCAAUGAAGAAGAAAAAUGUAAUGCCUUAAAAAAGAAUGCUUCAAGCAAGGGGCCUAAUCGUGGUUCGGGUAGGGGAACUAUAGCACACCUGCCAAAGAAUGCAAAGAUCCCUGAGAAACCGGAGAAUGCUUCCACCAAGCCUUGGGAAGCCCAACACAUUAGUCAAAAGGAAUGGGAGAGAAGAUCCAAACUGCGCGUGUGUUUGCAUUGUCAAAAGCCUGGGCACGCUAUGCAGGAAUGUUAUCAUCUGCAGGGAAACAGGCAAAGGGCUUAGAAGAGUCAUCAGCACUCUCUACAACAAGGGAAGUUGAACAGUCAGCUGCAGGCCCCUCCAAGGAGCCUGAAUCUAAUCAACAGCCUGCUCUUGA